AUGGCGAAUACAGCUCAAGAUGUUCCGCUCGUCCCUGACGACCAGUCUCUCAUCUCGGACUCGACAAGCUUGAGAAGCUCGAUCUUGCAGAACAGGAUCGAAAAUGGCCGCACAUACCAUAAGUACAAAGAUGGAAAAUAUGCUUGGCCCAAUGACGAAGAAGAGAACGACAGACUUGACAUGCAGAACGAGAUCUGCUUUCUCACGUUUCACAACAGGCUGGGAUUCGCACCUUCAUGCGACGAGGGCGCAAAGGUCAAUCGCGUCCUCGAUCUAGGGACUGGCACUGGUCUGUGGGCAAUCGAGUACGCUGAUGCACAUCCUGAAGCCGAGGUUCUUGGCGUGGACCUCUCUCCUAUCCAGCCACAAGACGUUCCGCCAAACUUGAAAUUCGAGAUUGACGACGUUGAAGAAGAGUGGCUAUAUUCACAAAAGUUCGACUACAUUCAUCUUCGAUUUCUGAAUGGUUCCAUCGCCAAUUGGAAGAGGUUGAUCAAGAAUGCCUACGAAUUCACCCAACCGGGCGGUUACUUCGAAAUCCAAGAGGGUGACUUCGUUCUCACGGCAGAUGACGACACCUUGCCCCCAGAGAAACCACUGGCCAAGUUCGCCUCCCUCAUUCGAGAGGCUUGUGUGAAAUUUGGUCGGGAAUUUAUACCCGUGCCUUUGAUGGAGCGGAUGAUGACCGAGGCCGGGUUCGAGGACGUUGUCCUCCAGCGCUUCAAGUGGCCCUCUAAUCCCUGGCCAAAGGAUCCCUACUACAAGAAGAUUGGCGAGUGGAACUUCCACAAUUUUGUCGAUGCCGCAGAAGCCAUGGCAAUUGCACCCCUGACGCGCGCCCAUGGCUACACGAAGGAGGAGGUGCAGGUUUUCCUCAUUGAUGUUCGUAAGAACAUGAGAGAUCCCAGCAUCCACUCUUAUAUGCCCAUGUCUUCACCUGCGGCCGACGCCGCCUCGGCUCCUGUCCAAGCCAACAACCCUAUCCAAAUUGUCCCGGAUGAGUCUAUACCCGACGACGUGUCAGCAAUUGGAGAGAGCAUCUCAUCUUCCAGCGCUAGCGUAUCUAGCUCGAUCCUUGAGUACCGUUACGAGAACGGUCGGACUUACCACAAGUACAAGGAUGGCAAAUACAUGUUACCCAACGAUGAGCUUGAAAACGAUCGACUUGACUUGCAACAUAACCUGUUCCUGUUGACAUUUGAUAACACGCUUGGGCUUGCUCCCCCCUGCCAAAAGGAUUCCUCGGUGAAGCGUGUCCUCGACGUUGGUACAGGCACUGGUAUUUGGGCUAUUGACUUCGGGGAAGAUCACCCGGAUGCUGAGGUCCUCGGCAUGGAUCUUUCGCAUUCAAUGCCCGAAUACGUUCCCCCGAACGUCAAAUUCGAGAUUGACGACUUGGAAGAGGAGUGGAUUUAUUCGCGACCGUUCGAUUACAUCCAUAGUCGGAUGAUGAAUUCCUCAAUUAGUGACUGGAAGGUGUAUCUUCAGAAGGCAUUCAACCAUCUCUCCCCUGGCGGCUAUUUCGAGCUACAAGAGCCUGAUCUUAUCCCGCAUUCCGAUGAUGGCACUCUCAAGCCGGAACAUGCGCUGUCGAAGUGUAUUGACCUGAUGCUUGAGGCUGCUGUCAUUUUUGGGCGCCCUUGGAAAGAGAUUUCUACGCUUGCUAGAACCAUGGAAGAGGUUGGGUUCGUUGACGUGAAGAUGCAUGUUUUCAAGUGGCCUUCAAAUGGGUGGCCUAAGGAUCCUAAGUACAAGGAGUUAGGACUCUGGAAUAACGAGAAUCUCUGCUCUGGCUUCGAAGGACUGUGCAUGGCACCUUUCACUCGAGCCCACGGCUGGACGAGAGAGGAAUGCGGAAGGACUUCAGAGACAGAUCUAUUCACGCCUACUGGCCCAUCAACUCCGGCUGCGCAGGCGCCUCCUAUUCAGGCCAACAAUCCCAUUGAUCUUAUUCCCGAUGAGGUAGUCGAUGAUGGUGCCUCCGAGCACGCAAGAAGUAUCGCAUCUUCGAGCGCCAGUGUAACCAGCUCGGUCUUUGAAUUUCGAGUGGAGAAUGGUCGAACUUACCACAAGUACAAAGAUGGAAAGUACAACAUUCCCAACGACGAGCCAGAGCAAGACAGACUAGAUCUCCAACACAACCUAUUUCUGUUGACUUUUGAUAACAAACUUGGGCUCGCGCCCCCGAAUGAGCCAGACUCAAACGUCCAACGUGUGCUCGAUAUUGGGACAGGUACGGGAAUCUGGGCUGUUGAGUUUGGAGAGGACCAUCCUGACGCCGAAGUACUUGGUAUGGAUCUUUCCCCAUCGAUGCCUGGAUUCGUUCCACCCAACGUCAAGUUCGAGAUCGACGAUUUGGACGAAGAAUGGACCUAUUCUCGUCCAUUCGACUAUAUCCAUAGUCGAACAAUGAACUCUUCUAUUAACGAUUGGUCACUGUACCUCAAAAAAGCUUUCAAUCAACUUACGCCAGGCGGAUACUUCGAGCUUCAGGAGGCCGACCUCUUUCCCACGUCAGACGAUGGGACCUUGAAGGACGACUCCCCUUUGAUGAAGUGCACAGAUUUGAUGUACGAAGCUUCGGUGAAGUUCGGACGCCCAUUUCAGCAGAUUCCGCCUCUGGUUAAAAUGAUGGAAGACACUGGCUUUAUUGAUAUUAAGUUGAAUAGGUUCAAGUGGCCGACAAACUCCUGGCCCAAGGACCCUAAACAUAAAGAGCUAGGGAUAUGGGCCAACGAAAACUUGACUAGUGGUCUCGAGGGGUUCUGUAUGGCUCCUUUUACAAGAGCCCACGAUUGGACGAGAGAAGAAGUCCUAGUGUUCUUGGUCGACGUCCGUAAGAACAUGAACGAUAGGUCUAUCCACGGAUACUGGCCCCUCUGGUCGGUCUAUGGCAGAAAGCCAACCGAGGAAGAGGCCGGGGCGACGGAGAGCUAG